CAGCCAGUCGUGGGACGGACGCGCCGUCGGCAGGAACACCGCUAUAACCAGUUUUGAAGAGAGAGUCAUCUACCGCCAUCGUAGUAGACCAGCGUCGCCAUCGUUGCGAGGAUGACUGGUGGCAAGCAACCAAGACCAAGCGACGCCGGGAAGGUGACGCAUGAGAACGCGUCACCUGUGGGAUCGGACGCCCCAAACAAACCAGCCCCGCAGCCGCCGGACAAAACAUCUGUCCUGCAGUCUGGCCUGCAGGAAACACCCGAGUCCAGGGGACUAGAAAAUCCACCUCACGUUCACGCAUGGGACUCCGGUGAGACAAAACAACAGACAGUGCCCUCGGCACAGAAAACAGGAGCCGCGAAAGGAUGCAAGAACAAAACGAAAAAGAAGCGAAAGCGAGCCACAUCUCAGAAAGAGACAUCCCUCUCCCAGUCGGAGAGUAUCUCCUCAACUUCUGGUCCCGCCGACCUUCCUCCAGGUGAAGCAAACCAUGGCGCUGUAUCCUCAGAGGGUCGUUCGGCGGGACAAACGAAAGGUGGAGAUGUGAGCAAUGCUCGUUCGCAGAAGAUGCUUCAGGAGACACCGACAGAGGUGCAGAAUUAUCAGGAGGGUUCUAAAUUCUCAACAGAUGAUGGGUCUAAAAUGGAUGUGGAAAUCGAAGACGAACCAUUGGUGGUACUGCAGGACAUGGGGGACUGGGCGACACUUCUAGAGGAAGAGCCACCUGAGAUCCCUAAAAAUCGAGCGACAACAACGAUGCCUGUGGAAACGAGCCGUGGACUUCUCACCAAGUCAAAUCUUGGAAAACGGAGCGCCUGCAAACGAUCUGCGAUCGAAAGCAGCGAGACAAGUGACGCUGUUUUUCUCCCACCCACAUCAGGAGAAGUGGAGCAGCUCUUCUGGGUCACUCUGGAGAAAGGAUUGCCUCUUCAUUUCUCUACGAAGAGUCUGCGUGCGAAGCGAGAGAACGGCAGACCUAUUAUAACUAAUCCGCAUACUCUUGUCAAGGACUGUUCGAACUGCAGCUACCCUGCUCUCUUCGGCAAGAUUACUGACGGAGGUUACCAGGCCGGGCCCAUUGUCAAAACUCUGGACGACAUGGUGCCGUUCCUAAAGAAGAAGUCUGAGCAAGCCAUCAAGAAGGCAAGAGGGUAUCUAAAAGAAGCCUACAUUAUCCGCACAGGAGAGCUACGUAAGAAGUCGAAGUCAUACGAUUCGCACCUGUACAUGGCGCACGUUCUUCGGGGUACGCUCGACUACCUCGACGAGCUCGUGCGGUGGUUGGACCAGGUGGACGCCGACCCGUGGGUUCCAUGGGACGAGCGGCCGAACGCCUCUCGGUAGAGUGACUCCUAGCCUUUGAUGUCCCGCUGUUACGGAACGGUGCGUGGUGCUUGUGCUGCAUGACCUGCGUUACGUUCAGCGAGCUGUGUAACCCAGCAGGACGUCAACGAGCUGGGACGGCCAACAUGCAGGCCGUCACAGCUUGCUGACGUCCUGCAUUGGCCGUGACGGCUCGUUGACGUCCUGCUGGCCGUCACAGUUCGUUGACGUCCUGCUGGCCGUCACAGUUCGUUGACGUCCUGCUGGCCGUCACAGUUCGUUGACGUCCUGCUGGCCGUUACGGCUCGUUGGCGUCCUGCUGGCCUUCACGGCUCGUUGACCGUGACGCAGGUCAUGCAGCACAUCCACACGUACCGUCCUGUUCCAGGGGACCGUGGAGCCACAUCUGGGCCCUCAGUGGGGGGUCGGGAUGUGACACUCGGUGCCUAGCGCGACCUUUCGCCCCAUCCCGUCCGCCGCAUUAGUUGGGUGCCAUCUAGCGAUGGAUAGACGCUCUGACACACACGCCCAUGUCUGCUGUUGGACGGGAGGACGGAGGUGGCAAUCCCACCUCCGUCCUCCUCUCUCGCAGUGUCCAUGUGUUUGUGUGUUGGUCCGUCGGUCCAUCGCCAGAUCGUGCCUAACCACUGCAGCGGACGGGAUGGGGCGAAAGGCCGCGCCGAGCACACACGAGGUGGCACGUGCGAGCCCGAGACUCGGCGCGGCUGGCCGGCCUCGUGUGGUGCCAACUGCGAGGGACCUUUUUCCGGCCUAAAGGGAAGCUGGCGCGCUGAUGACGUAAAUGAGUACGCUGAAAACUGACAAAAUGGAUCAAAUAUCGAAUUGAGCGUACACUGUAACAAAUAUUUGCAAACUUUCGUGUUAUCCUGGAAAAAUCUAGCUUUUAGCUUAGGCCGUGUUGAAUCGGUAUCUCACGAGCCGCGUGUCAAUGUCGAUUCAACACGCCUCGGGUUAUUGAGUUUGGCCAGGAUAACAUGGAACUUAGUGAAUCUUUUUUACAGUGUAUAAUCUAUAUUUAUGAGCCAUAGUCAUUGCUAGAAGUGCGCCAGCCCCUUUGACGUUGGAAAGGGUGACAUCCCUCUCAAAUGCACCAACACCGCAUUGGUAUGAUAGUUCGUAGUUAAGUAGGUGUGUGUGUGUGUGUGUACUGUGUGUGUGUUCGCAUCCAACUGGUCAUUUUCUAUAAAAACGCAUUUAACUGCAUUAGUUAAGACUAGUAGUUCUGUGCUUAGCUCCAAGUUGUGAAUGUUAUGUAGAGCGUUCGAAUCGAAUCUUUGCAUGGUCUGAAGGCCACGCACGCUGAGUACCGCUGGCAUUGCAGCCUAGAUAAGGUUGUGUGUUAGGUGCUUAAUUGGUUGGGUAAUUUGUUCCAAUGUAAACUGGAGUGGUGGUCUUACUAAUUUGUUUCAUAUUCUUGAAAGGACAAACUAUAAACAUCAGGCAAUGGGUAUGGUGUGCAUGUGGUGUGAUUUUUGAAAUACACCCCCGGUGGAAAC